GAGAGAUAUUAUUUUUACUGUGAUUUGUAAAGAAAAAUUUUGAAAACAUAAAUACAGAUUUUGAAAUAUAGAGGUGACAGUUGCACACAGUCUCAUAUCUGUGUGUGAACAUGAGAACAAGAACACCGCUAGACAGGAUAGUUGGCGGCAUAUGUGCAUUUGCCCUUGGAAUAACAAUUUACCACGUCUACUGUAGUGGUAAGCAUCAAUUCAGAAGCGGUCGAGCGGUACUAGAUCUGUAUAUAUUGUCCGAACACGAGUUAGCAGGGCAGCUGAAGUUGAACGCACCUGUCGAACCGCCACUAGAGAAAUCAAUAGCGGUGAACAAGGAUGCACAGCAAUUCCGUGGAUUAGAGAGUGAAAACAAAGUUGCUGUUAAAGAAGAGAGCAACGAUACAAAUAUCCUCGACAAUUUAAAGUAUGAGUGGUUUCACCCGUCUUCGCGACAUUCACAUGCACAAUGGGAGGAAAGGGAGGAUUGGACAAGUCUACGAAGUAGCCUACCUAGGAUUGUUGUUUCUUUCACUACUACACCCAAUCGUAUCAAAUUCCUCUAUCGAGUAUUACACGCGAUCAAAGCACAAGAUCUUCAACCCGACGCAAUAUACAUCAAUGUUCCAAAAGUGUCUCGAAGAACUGGACAAGAAUACGUCGUCCCAGACUGGAUUGUGAAGCAUCCAAACAUUACCGUAAAUAUUGCGCGCAUAGACUAUGGACCUGCGACGAAGCUGUUGCCCACUCUAGAGAUAGAAACCGACCCAGAAACGAUUAUUAUUGUGAUUGAUGAUGACGUGUCGUUUGCUACAACACUCUUUUCUAGACUGGCUGAAUGGUCGAUCCGGCUACCGUCAGCAGUGAUUGGGGGUGGAACGGGUCUGAAUGUGACUUGCAUAAUUCAUGAAGAGAAAGACUUCCACAAAUACUCAGUUACGCGCGAAACAUGUCAACACAAUACGUAUGCUGGAUUUUUCACAUUCAUUCGAUCGUAUAACGAGUGGGCGUGUAUGCCGGGCGAGCAGAUGCUCGUAGAGUAUGGACGUGUUCAUUGUGUUGCUGGGGUCAUGGAUUUACCCCUGGCAGUCGAUAUAGUUGAGGCGCAUGAGGGUCUUGCGGUCAAAAGAGGAUUUUUUGAUGACAGUAUAUAUGAUUUCACCAAACUUCCGGAUGGCAGUCACUUGCGCGAUUGUUUUUUCAGAGUCGAUGAUAUUUGGUGGGCCCAGCACUUCAGUCGGAAGUCGAUACCCAGAUUUGUUGUGCCGGAUAUUCCCUUGGAGCACCUAGGUAUGGAACGUAUUUUUAAGGGUCGUGUGAAGUUGCCCUUUGCAGACAUUAGCGACUGGCCGACUGAAGAAGUCCCAAAUAUGGACGCGAUCGACUCACUUCACAACCAAGAUAGUAGCGGCUCACUUAGUAGUGUGCAGUGCAACGAACUGGCUAUUAAGUACAUAAACGGCACAAGUGGGUGGGGCGAUUUUCCUAGAGAGGAAGAGUACGUGAAGGAUACCCCACAACAGUAUGAUGAUUACCUAAAGAAAUUUUUAACGGAGAAGAACUACAAAGAGUGGAAAAUUAGGAUGUCCUUGACAAGGGAAGACUACGAAAUUCGCAGGCAUCAGAUGGGCUGGAUUUAAAUUAAUUUUCACAGCCUUCUAAAUUGAAUCAUAAUUUCAUAGCCUACUAAAUAAAAC